AUGUAAACUGCCACCAUACAGCAUGUUACCUGCUUGAAGCAUUUCUUUCAAAGCCUAAUGAAAAUGGAAUCGUUUUACUAGCAUUAUUCUGGUCCUGCUGCUGCUGGGCGAGCAGCAUCACUACAUGAUCACAUGACUCUGGAUAUGGACUCAGUCCUGUCAGACUUUGUUCGGUCUACAGGGGCUGAACCUGGUCUGGCAAGGGACUUGCUGGAAGGGAAGAACUGGGACCUCACAGCUGCUCUAAGUGACUAUGAACAACUACGGCAGGUGCACACAGCAAAUUUGCCUCAAGUGUUUAAUGAAGGCAAAUACUAUAAGCAGCAGGACAGAGAAAUCACCCAGCAUAUCAACAAGAUCGACAGACCAAACCUCCAAAGACAAGAUGAUAUCGCUCAAGAAAAAAGACUGUCGAGAGGCAUAUCUCAUGCCAGUUCAGCCAUUGUGUCCUUGGCUCGUCUGCAUGUGGCCAAUGAAUGCAGCAGUGAUCCUUUCCCUCUAGAGAUGCCCAUUUAUACAUUCCAACUACCAGACCUCAGUGUUUACAGCGAGGACUUCAGAGUCUUUAUAGAAAGAGAUUUAAUUGAACAGUCGACAAUGGUGGCUUUGGAGCAGGCAGGGAGGCUGAACUGGUGGUCUACAACAUGCUCAAGCUGUAAACGUCUUCUGCCUUUAGCAACAACUGGAGAUGGAAACUGUUUACUUCAUGCUGCUUCUUUAGGGAUGUGGGGAUUUCAUGACCGAGACCUUGUUCUGAGGAAAGCUCUUUAUACCAUGAUGAGAAGUGGCGCAGAGAGAGAGGCACUGAAGAGGAGAUGGAGGUGGCAGCAGACACAGCAGAACAAGGAGUCCGGACUGGUUUACACAGAGGAUGAAUGGGAGCGAGAGUGGAACGAGCUUCUCAAACUGGCAUCUAGUGAGCCUCGGACACACUUUAGCAAGAAUGGAGGCUCUGGUGGUGGAGUGGACAAUGCAGAAGAUCCAGUGUAUGAAAGUUUAGAAGAAUUCCAUGUCUUUGUCCUGGCUCAUAUACUAAGAAGACCAAUAGUUGUUGUGGCUGAUACAAUGCUUCGUGACUCUGGAGGAGAAGCCUUUGCACCUAUCCCAUUUGGUGGAAUUUACUUACCUCUUGAAGUCCCUCCUAAUAGAUGUCACUGCUCACCACUGGUCCUGGCCUAUGAUCAAGCUCAUUUUUCUGCACUGGUGUCCAUGGAGCAGAAAGAUCAACAACGUGAACAAGCGGUUAUUCCAUUGACAGACUCUGAACACAGGCUUCUCCCUUUGCACUUUGCUGUUGAUCCUGGAAAGGACUGGGAAUGGGGAAAGGAUGAUAAUGACAACAUUAAACUGGCCAGUUUGAUUCUGUCCCUGGAGGCUAAACUGAACCUUCUGCACAGCUACAUGAAUGUAACCUGGAUACGCAUACCCUCUGAGACACGGGCUCCUUUGGCCCAACCAGAAUCUCCAACAGCAUCUGCAGGAGAAGACGUACAAUCGCUGGCUGACUCUGUUGACUCGGAUCGUGAGUCGGUCUGUAGCAAUUCCAAUGUCAACAAUGGCAAAAAUGGGAAAGAGAAAGAAAAGGAAAAACAAAGGAAGGAGAAGGAAAAAAAUAGAACUGAUUCUGUGGCAAACAAACUGGGAAGUCUCAGCAAAACAUUAGGCAUAAAGCUUAAGAAGAACAUGGGGGGUCUUGGCGGCCUGGUGCAUGGAAAGAUUAAUAGAGCUAAUUCAGGCAAUGGAAAAAAUGGAGAGUCCACUGAAAAAUCCAAGAAGUCAAAAUCUCGAAAAGGAAGCAAAGAAGAAUCCGGUCAGUCUGCUAGCACAUCACCUUCAGAAAAAACAACUCCAUCUCCCACAGAUAAAGCUAGCAUCUCUCCCGUUGAAAAACUCACAAAUAAAUCGCUAUUAGAUAAUAAGUCCGACCCUUGGAAGUAUAGCACAGAUGUUAAACUCAGCCUUAAUAUAUUGAGAGCUGCCAUGCAAGGGGAGCGCAAGUUUAUCUUUGCAGGCCUCCUCCUUACCAGUCACCGGCAUCAGUUUCAUGAGGAGAUGAUUGGUUUUUAUUUGACCAGUGCCCAGGAACGGUUUAAUGCUGAGCAGGAGCAGAAGAGGAAGGAAGCUGAAAAGAAAGCUGUCCUAAAUGGGUCAUCUUGUAGGAAACUAGACCAGGAGGGAUUUGUCAAAGAAAAGCUGGACACAUCUCCUCAGGACAGGGCAUCCCCAGUCUUGCCUCAAAGCCAUACCACACCACUAGUUCUAAAAUUAAAGGAUCGAUCUAGCCCCACGCCUGCUUCCUAUCCCUCACCCAGCAAUGGUGCUAAGAAAAGCGGUCCCAUACCAGUAUCUGCUCAUUAUAGCCAUACACCACCAGUCCAAAGGCAAAGUGUUAUCCAUCUACAUGAUGUCAGCUCCAAGUCAUCAAGCUUCCAAGAUGAUCCUUACAAGCCAGUGGUUGGCUCUUUAAAAACGUGCGCAACAUAUCCCCAGCAGAAUCGUUCAUUGUCUUCUCAAAGCUACAGCCCAGCUCGGUUAUCGGGCAUCCGCACAGUGAACACCGUGGAAUCCCUUUCAUAUGAAAAACCAACAGAUCAUAAAUCUCAAACAUACACAAAUGGUUUUAACUCUACUGACAUUAGAGACUGCUUAGAGUACGCUGAUGAGGAGUCUCCUCAAACGUGGUUGAACAAUGAUAAAAACAGCAGAGGCAGGAGUACAGGCUGUCCUAUAUACUCACUCCACCAGAGCAGGUGUAAGAAAGAGAACUGCUCUUUCUACGGACGCCCUGAGACUGACAAUUUCUGUUCUUACUGCUUCAAAGAAGAGCUGAAACGGCGUGAUCGGGAAAAUAAAGUGCACAGGCACUGA